AUGGUAUUGUAAACAUCUUGGUGUAAUUUCUAUGGCUUCUUUUCAGAUCUCUCCGAUCUCCUUCCAAUAUUUUCAUUGCAUUUACUGCUUUUGGCGACAUUCUUCAUGAAACUGGUAAUAUUGUCUCGGGUUAUCUUGUGUUUACCUCAAACUGGGUAUUGCCCCUCGACACUUGCUUCAAAUACCAGUUUAUCUUCACUUUCGGCACAGCACUUUCUUCCGUCAUGUUGUUCAUGACCUCGUUGGAUCGUGUGGUCUGCGUGGGUAUUCCUCACACAUACAACAAGUGGAGUAAAUCGACGAUUGUAACCAGCGGAACUAUUUUUUCGUUUGGUGUUCCUGCCAUGUUCGGCAUCUACGCAUAUUUGAAUCUGGAAGAAGAAUAUCGCUUUUGCAAAGUUCUGUCGGAGCUUCCCACCUUUUUGUUAAGAAUCUUCUUCUUUUUCGGCUUCAUGUUCAUCUCUCUUACACUUCUAUUCUACAUUGUAAUUUGGAGCCUUCUCCAGCAUCGCAACUAUCGACAUUCGAAACAAAUGCUCCGCUCCAUUACUGCAGUCAGCAUGUGCAUCUGCAGCGGAUGGCUGACGAGUAUGCUUGCUGGGGCGUACUUCUUGUUUGUCAAAUUUGCGGACGAUUACAAUACCGUCUUGUAUUCGGGGUUACCGAUGGAGAUUUCGGUUGCAUUGAACUAUCCAUUGCUCUACAGAAUGAGGUGAGUGCUGACGGCAAAAGAGGCAGGGAUGCCUAGCUUUUCGAAUGGUGAACUUUUGAGAAUUGCCAUCGGGACAUGGUCAACUUGAGCCUCCGAGAAAAAAAGUUUCCGUAAAGUUAUGCCCAUAUUCUUAUCGUGAACAUACUGUUUGACGGUCGCCAUUUAUUCGUCCAAAACGUUUCCUCAAAUACUGUAACCCAGAGCUAGAUAUCACCAAAACAUUUUUGCGAACACAAGCAUUUGAAUUUUAAUAUUUGAACAUGAUCAUUUCUUUCAGCCGAGAGUACAGAGCUUCAUUUCGCGAACAUUUGCGUUCCAUUACAUGCGGGUUCCUCUUCGUCAAAGCAAAAACAACAGAAUCUCAGGUCAUGGCAGUUUCAUAA